AUGGAACUGAAGCAACUGAGACAAACAGGAACAGUAAGAGAAUUUCAAUUUGCAUUUGACAGGUUACUAUCACAAUGUAAUCUAUUUAAUGAACAAGCUAUGUCGUGUUUCCUGGGAGGACUAAAAGAAGAGUUGAUUGGCCCUAUUUUGAUGCAUGAGCCUCAAACUCUUUCUAAGGUAUACAGGUUAGCUAGAUUAGCUGAAGGGACUAUGAAUGCUAAUGCUAGAAAUCAGAAACUGACUGGUAUGUCUAGCAAUGUUGUGAAGAGAGAUAAUUCAGGCCCUAGAAAUGUUACUUCCAAUUACCAGCAGAAUACCAGGCUACCCUUACCUGUUGCUAAUACUGAUAGCAACCUUAAGCCUAGAAGGACCAUAUCACCAGCUGAGAUGCAAGCUAAGAGGGCUCAAGGCUUGUGUUUCUGGUGUGAUGAUAAAUACACACCUGGCCACAAGUGUAAUUUGCCAAAGCAACUAUUUGUGUUAGAAAUGGAGGAAGGUGAACCAGACAAGGGUAUAGAGGUGUUAGAGCAAAUUGAAGAGGAUGGGGAAAAGGAUAAAUGGUCAAAUACAGAAGUGAACACCCCCCUGAUCUCUUUCUGUGCACUAACUGGGUUGCAAGGAGCUCAAACCAUCCAUGUAGUUGGUUAUCAUGAGAAGAGGCCUAUCCAGCUUUUGUUGGAUGGAGGAAGUACUCACAAUUUCAUAGAUGUUAAUGCUGUGAAGAAGUUGGGUUGUACUGUCAUUCCCACACCUCCAAGUAAUGUCAGCUUGGGUAACAGUUCAGUAGAAACAACUUCUGGUUUAGUCAAGGACUUCAAGUGGAUGAUGAAUGGCACCACAUACUGCCUUGAUCUAAUAGUAUUCCCUGUAGGGAAAUAUGAUGUGGUUUUGGGUGCAUUAUGGAUGAAAAGUUUAGGCCCUAUCACUACAGAUUACACUAAGCUGACUAUGUUAUUUGAUUAUCAGGGUAAACACCAGGUGCUGAAGGGAGUCAAUGAGGAAUGCAAGUUGACUAGUCCUAAAUCUGUGAACAAGAAACAAGGACCUGAUGUUCAGUUCUUUAUGCUGCAGCUACUCCUUAGGGAAGUCAAAGCUGAAGUGCAUCAUCACCUUGACUCUUUACAUCUACCACAGGUCACUGAGACACCUGUAGUUUUGAGUGCACUCCUUCACCAGUACCAACAGAUCUUUGCAGAACCAACCACUCUUCCUCCUCAGAGGGGAGUAUUUGACCACAGAAUUUCCCUUCAACCAGGAGCUCAACCUGUCAACCUAAGACCCUAUAGGUAUCCUUCUAUGAAGAAAGAUAUCAUAGAGAAGUUGGUUCAAGAUAUGUUAAAUCAAGGGGUUAUUCAGCAUAGCAGCAGUCCCUUCUCUUCUCCUGUGGUAUUGGUGGGCAAAAAGGAUGGAAGCUGGAGGUUAUGUGUGGAUUAUAGGGGACUGAAUAGAUGCACCAUUAAAGAUAAGUUUCCUAUACCAAUUAUUGAUGAUUUACUUGAUGAAUUAUCUGGUGCAUCAAUCUUUUCUAAGGUAGACUUAAGAUCAGGCUACCAUCAAAUCAGGAUGGUGGGUGAGGACAUUCAGAAAACUGCAUUUAAGACUCAUAUGGGCCAUUAUGAGUUCUUAGUCAUGCCCUUUGGCCUUACUAAUGCACCAUCCACUUUUCAGUGUUUGAUGAAUCAUGUAUUUCAGCAGUAUCUAAGGAAAUUUGUUCUUGUCUUCUUUGAUGAUAUUCUCAUUUAUAGUGUGAACCUCCAAGAUCAUGUUAUCCAUCUACAGGUAGUGUUUGAUCUCAUAGUGAAACAUCAACUACUAGCUAAGUAUUCUAAGUGUGUUUUUGGGGUCCCUAAGGUUGAGUACUACUUGGGCCAUUUCAUAUCUGCUAAAGGUGUUGCUACUGAUCCUAAGAAGAUAGUAGCAGUACAAGAGUGGCCAGUUCCAAAAACUCUCAAACAACCAAGAGGGUUCCUUGGACUAGCUGGAUAUUACAGAAAAUUUAUUCAAGUCUAG